AUGUUGCGUGUAUGUAUGCUGCUUGCAUGGAUGCCCUGCUCUCGCAUCGCCGCGCUCGCGCUGGAAAUAGCUUGACGGUCCCUGGAAACUGAAUAGUGGAUCGUAUUUUUGCACCGCAUUCCUUCCUCAUUGACGUCGGCAGAUGGCAGACGUUACGCUAAAAUUAUUGUGGUAUAAAGUGCGAGAGGGAUAUGACAACAUGGCUGCCGCCGUAUCGGGUGCGAGAGCGUCGGGCUCCGGAGAUGGCUUUUUAUCCUUCGCCUCUAUUGAUAUGCUGGACAUAUUGCUCGUGAUAUGGAUAGCUAUAGUUGGGAUUAUUGUUGCUUUCGGUCAUCUUUUGCCAAAUAUAAUCAGAAAGCGGGAUGAAGAGGUAGGUUUGAGUAUCCCCGUACCGGCAGCAUGGGCCAUCCCCGCACCAACCGCGGGUGAGCAGAGAAAGAGUACAACCUGGUUGGAAGCUGGAAGCUUGAGGGAGACCUGCGAAUGGGCUAAUGCGGCGGCUCACUGGUUCUAUCAGAACUACCAGCAAACUCCGGAACUUGUUCAUGCCUGGCUGAAGAGUUUGAAUGACCACGCGCGGGAAGACCUCCUGGGGCGCGUGGAAAUCGUCUUUAGCGGCGUCGAAACGAAGUCGUCUGCUCCUAGAUUCUGCAACGUGAGCACCGUGACUGAACCGGGCAAGAAUGAAAUGACAGUGCAAACGGGCGUGAACGUAGAGAAUAUCAGCUUCACUGUACAAGCAAAGGAAAAGCAAGAUGGCGUCACCAGGGUGUCCGACUACAUCGUCACGCUGGAGAGACUCGCAGGCGAGCUGCACGUACGAUUCAGCAGUAUGCAGCAGGACAUGCACAUGACCGUUAGCUUCGCCCACCAGCCUGAUGUUGUCAUAUCCUCCAAGCUGGAGAGCCUCCAGAACCCGGACGAGCAAGUCAAACAGAGCAAGGUCGAGGAGCAGGUGCUGAAAGCUCUAACGAUGACCGUGACCACCGUCAACCUGACCGGCUUCAAGCAGUUCCCUAAGAUGGAGCAGUCCGUCUUCGAACCGAUCAACCACGUCAUCCAGCAGGUCGCGGAAGUUGAGAGCUCCUCGCCGUCAGUGCCCUCUGCCGUCCCGGCGGUCGGCGCGUCGGCGGUGGUGCUACCUGGCGGACAACUGCAGCUGCUCGUCAAGGUCAUCAAGGCGAAGAGUCUAGGGGAGGUGGCCGGCUGCAUUGACCCGUACUGCGUCGUCGAGCUGGACAACCCGGCCCGCAAGUGCAUGACGUCGGUGAUCCGCGACACGGUCAACCCGUUCUGGGACGAGCACUUCGUUUUCCCCAUCAACACGCAGUCGGAAGCUCUGACAUUUGACCUCUACGACAGAGCUAAGGACACUGGCCUGGACUUCCUCGGUCAGGCAGUGGUCAGUGUGAGUGAACUGCGCAGCAACCCGACCCCUCGCCAGAUUAUUGACCUGGCUGGCCGACCCGAGAAGGAUGACGAAGAGGUGUCUGGUGCGAUCACCUUAGAGUUUGCAUACAUGGACGGCGAAAUUUUGCCCCAAAACGAAGCGAAACAGACAACUAGCGCCACACCCAAGCCAAUUGAUGAGACACCUAUCCAAGUUAGCCAGCAAUCUGCUCCAGCCAUGCAGGUGUGCGAAGUGAGUGUCGAGAAAGAUGUCUCUGCUGGUAGUUCAGUGGCCUCUGAUCCCGUGUCGACUUCCCACAGCGACGUUUGCAGAGUUAUCGACUUUGGCUCAGAAGGCCUAGACGAUGCUGAAGACGUGAACAGUCCAGCUGAGGCUGCGAUUCGGGAUCUGGAGGGCGGACACCAGCCGCGCACUCCGACUAAGACCAGUCACCUGAUGAUCACUGGAGUUAUUAGGGGUCCCAGCACCGAUGUAGAGGAAAAUCAUGAGGCGGCUUCUGCUUCUGCUUCGCCAACUCCUGCUACUGCAUCAGGAGAUGAGUCUAGCAGGGCUGCCAGCGCCGAUAGAGGUCUCUUAGAAGUACCAGGAAUGAAAUCGACAGAAAAUUUUGAUGGACACAGCUUGACCUCAGCAAUGACUUACAUCACCGAAAACUCCACUAUCGUCAUCGAAACCACCGAGAAGGACAAAUCACAUAAGUACUAUCUGAUUCCGAACUGCAUAGCGAAGGAGGGCCUUCACAAGUUGCACAUCAAGGGCACGAAGCUGCACAUCUACAGCGACCACACGUUCAUCGCCUCACACUUUCCGUCAACUACAGCGUGCCAGAUUUGCUCCAAGAGCAUCCCGAGAAGAAUAGGUCGACAGGGCUACAUGUGCAGAGACUGUAAGAUCGUGUGCCAUAAACACUGCCACCAUAAGUGCGAUACAGAGUGUCCCACCUCGCAAGUCUCAAAGAUGAAAUGAUUUACGUAGAGGACAGCCAGAAGCAAGAAGUCAGAUAAAGGAAAUCGUGAAGAGGAGGAUAAACGCAAGAAGGAAGCUGAAAAGCUCCAGAAGAUGCUGAGAACAGGCAUUAAUCGAUAAAAAGAGGCAGAGAAAAAGGCAGCUCAUGAGAAAAAGGAAGCAGAAAAAGAAGCAGCUAGAGUCGCAAAGGAAAAAGAGAAGACUGAGAAGGAGGCAGCAAAAGAAAGAGCAAAAAUAGAGAAGGACGU